AUGGCCAAAAUCGCACUCAUCACCGGGGGUAAUGGAAUCACUGGUUCCGCUAUCCUCGAGCAUCUCACCAAGAACACCACCGUCGACGAAUGGAGUCGCAUUCUUCACACCUCUUGCUCGCCAUUGAGAAUUACGGUCCGUGAUCCCCGGGUUGAAUUUAUCGCUCUGGAUUUCUCCAAAGAUCCGAGGGUGCUGGCCCAGGAGAUGAAUCCCGUCUUGUUCGAAAACUUCUUGCAAGCACUACUAGCCGUAGCUGGCGGCCGGCUGCAGAAUUGCACCCUGCAGCCCGGCGGGAAAUAUUACAACGUUUCACCUGCGGCCGAUGAGAACUUUUACUACCACCAGGAAGAUUUCUUGGUCGAAAAGGAACACACGUCCGGCUUGUCCUGGACAUGGAACGUCAUCUGUCCCGAGGCAAUCAUCGGCUGCACUGCCAAUCCGAAUGGGAUGAAUGAGGCAUUGACGUUAGCGUUGUACUUCAUGACUUGCAAGGAGCUGGGGUAUGAAGCCAAGAUGCCCACAAACUGGAACUACUGGAAUGGGGUUGAAGACAUUUCUGACGCGCACUUGAUUGCCGACCUGACCGUUUGGGCGUCCACCCACCCGCAUUGUGCAAAUGAAGCGUUCAAUGUUACCAACGGCGAUUAUUUCUCCUGGCGGUACAUGUGGCCCAGACUAGCAGCAUGGUUUGGCGCGACAGCCUCAUCCGAUCAAAGUUUCUUGCAAAAGGCACCAACCGUUGGCGAGCCACACUUGAAAGUCAAUCUUGAGGAUUGGGCCCGUGGGAAGCGAGAGGUGUGGGGAUCACUCUGUGAGGAAGCCGGCGUGCCUCAAGCUUAA